UUACAAAGACGAUCUUUAACAUUACUGCUACUACAAGCACGUUUCUUUGACUUUUUUCAAGUUUGGUCCUCGUCAAAAUCCCUAUCCUCAGACCUCGACUAUUAAUUGUAUUAUCAUCCUCGAACGUGAAUUGACGAAAUGGUCAGGUUUAAAAAAAGAUACAUUGUAAUAGAGGUGAAUCUACGAAAGAGGGACAGGAAGAAAUUGUGGUCAGCUCUGUUAAAUACUGUACAGGAAAUGCAUGGAGACUUUGGAUAUGCAGCAGUUGAGAGAGGGUUUCAUGUCAAGUAUACGAGUGAAAAAACCAAUAUUGCCAUUAUAAGUACUGGGCGGGCUACUUAUCCCUUAGUUGCUUCGUCAUUACCUUUUGUGGAGAAGGUUGAUCAAGAAUACGUACACAUUAAGACUUUGAAUGUUUCUGGCUCUGUGAAACAAUGUCUACUUUUUCUGAAGAAACACCAUGAGAAAUGUCUCAGGGAAUUCAGUGAAUCCAUUAAGGGUAAAGAAGGCAAACCAAGUUAGGAUGCUCAACAUUAGUGAAAUACUGUGCAAUUGCUUCUGUGUGUAGAAAUUGCUGUGUAUGUUCCUGUAAGUGUGGGUAAUUUAAACUGAACCUCUGACAUUGGAGUUCUUAAAUUGUGAGCAAAAAGGAUGCAGUUUUUUUUUCAGUAUUCAAUUAAGUUAAUCAGUUCUACUUUGUAGCAUUUUUUCCAGAAAUUAGAUUGAUAAUAUAAUUUUCAUUUUAUGAUUUCAGUCUUUUUCUAGGUAAUAUAGUUACUGUAUAAGAGAAAUAUUUUUUGAAUAAAGAAUGUUAAAAGUUUAA